AUGGGUCGAGAAUGGUGCAUUCAUUCAGAUCGAUUUCAACGAGCAACAGCCAUUCAACAAUACGCCUCAUCAGUGACAAAUGCUGAUAAUUUUCUGAGUACCGAAUUUGCACUGAGAUUUUUGUUCGGUGCCAAAGGAUGUGCAGCAGACACAAAAAUCAGAUACCAAAAACUAGCUGCACUCGUCGAUGUCCUCGCUGAAAAAGCGCAACUUUCUCAGUGA